CGUUUACGCAGAAUCUGCCAGGCAAAAAGUAGCUCGAGAACUUGACAUUGCAUGUAGAGACGUCGGAUUUUUUUAUCUGAAAGGUCACAAUGUACCACAAGAUAUGUGUGAGCUUGUUUUAAAGUUGGGAUACGAAUUUUUUCUUUUGCCUAAUGAAGAAAAGAACAAAUUAAGUAUUGCCAACGAAGAUUUUGCAAGGGGAUAUCAAAGACUUGGUGAGAAUGUUACAAGAUAUCUAAAAGACUGGCAUGAGGCAGUAGAUUAUUAUAAGCCGGUUUCCCCUAAUCAUCCGUUGGUUAUCAAUAAUCUUCCAUUAAGAGGCAAAAACCAAUGGCCAACAAAUCCUUCAGAAUUUCGUAGUGUGUUUGAACAAUAUAUAGAACAUAUGAAAUCAUUAGGUGCUAAAGUUAUGAGUGCUAUUGCCAUUGGCCUAGGAUUGGAACAUGAUCAUUUUGUAAAAUUUAUGGACGAUUCAUUCUGGGUGAUGAGAGUAAUUGGUUAUCCACCUUUGAGUAAUGCAAAUGGUGUGGAUCGUGUAAAACAUAGUUGUGGUGAACAUACUGGUGCACUCCAAGUUAAAACAAAAGGAGGAGAUUGGAUUAGCGUAGAUCCUAUACCUAAUACUUUUGUUGUAAAUAUUGGUGAUAUGCUAAAUCCAAACUUUGAUGCAAAGAUUGAACCACUCGCAAAAUGUCUGGAAGUUGAUCCUAUUAGUCAUUAUGAAGGUGUUGUGUAUGGUGAACACUUGCUUAGCAAAGUAUCUAACAAUUUUGAAGUUACUAAGAUAAAUUGA